UCUCUCGUGCCUAACGUGGGUUUCUCAAGGAAAACACAGUACCAACUGUAAAGGAAAUACUUCCAAAGAAGAAAGUCCUAGACGGAGAAUUUCUGCUCAAAAUUGGAUCGCCGGGGCGCCGGAGCCUCCGUUACUGGCUUUAUGGCGGCGUUGAAGUUCUUCGUGUUUACCCUGUUACUUUCCCUAAUUCUCACCCACUUCAGAGUUGAAGCUGAUGGCUCAAUCUCAGUUGAUGACGAAGUCAAAGUGGUCAGAUCAGACGGGCCCGAUUCGUCCAUCCUGGAGCAGCUGAAGUCCGAGAUCCACAAUCUCGAAUCCCAUAUCGAGGAGAAAACUCGAGAAAUAAAAGACAAAGACGAGGUGAUUGCUGCUAAGGAGAAGAUAAUCAAAGAAAAAACAGACACCAUUCUAUCAUUGGAGAAUGAAAUUGCUUCUCUGCAAAAAAAGGGCAAAUUAGACGCCGCAGAACAGGCGGGGAAGGCACAUGCAAGAGCUGCUGACUUGGAAAAGCAAGUGGAGAAACUCAGAGAAGACAUUGAUGUGAAAAUUAAGGAAAAAGAGAUAUUGGAAUCCCGGGCAACUGAAGCUGAGAAAAAGGCUUCUGAGUUGAAUUCUAAAUUUGAGACUCUUCAAAAGACCAUUGAUGACCAGAAGAAGAAGUUACGUAAAACAGAACGUGCUCUUCAAAUUGCUGAGGAAGAGAUGAUUAAGGCAAAGUUUGAAGUAGCAUCCAAAACCAAAGAGUUGAUAGAGGUUCAUGGUUCUUGGCUUCCAACUUGGCUUGCAGUUCAUUUUGAUAAUUAUCAGUCACUUUUGUUGGAGAACUGGAAAGCACAUGGAAAACCUGCUCUGGAGUUGUUGCUGCAGAAGGCUAUUGAAAAGAAGGCCAAAGCUGAAGAGUGGGCUGCACCACAUGUGGAAGCAGUUAAAACUAAAUGGAUACCAGCCAUUAAGGAACAGUGGGUAGUGAUAACCACAAAUGUGGAGCCACAUGUGCAAACCCUGACUGCGAAAACUGUUGAGAUAUAUGAAGUGUCGAAAAAUGCUGUGACUCCACACAUCAUAAAAUGGCAGGAACUAGCUGAUCCUUAUCUUCAGGAAUUGAGGAAGUUCAGCAAGCCAUAUAUUGAUCAGGUUGCCACUACUGCAAGACCUCAUGUUGACAAAUUACGUACUGCUUUGAAGCCGUAUACGCAGGAGGUGGUCCAUGCUUAUGGAAAAUUCCUCGAGUCAGCAACUACAUACCACCAUCAGGUUCAAGGCAAAGUUGAAGAGAAACUGAAGAGUCAUGAGCUUACAAAACCUCUCGCAACGAAAGAGCUGGUUUGGUUUUCUGCCUCUGCACUCCUGGCUUUGCCCAUCAUUUUUCUGUUGAAAACAUGUUCAGCCAUCUUUGGCAAAAAGACGAAAAAGCCCAUCCGAAAUGGUAAUUCAAGCCACUCUCGUCGCAAGGGAAAACGUGUACAUCCGGACAAGUAAAGCCAGUAAAGGCACGGUCCUCUCUCUUAACACAAGGUUUGCGUCGUCCUCUUCACAUUGGCUCGGAGUUCCUGAAGCUCUAUCCGUUCAUGAAGUACACUGUCAAUCUUGAAGUUUAGCGAAUUUCAGUUUCAUAUGUAGAUCAGAGAAUUGGGGUAUAGGUUAUUGUAGUUUCCAGGAUGUUUAACUUGUAGUUCAAAUGAUAGUUCGGUAUUUGUGUGUAUCACGGCACUCGAAGUCUGUCUGCCAGGCCCCUUUUUGUUUGUUUAAAUCCUUUUUGGCCUUCUACGCCACAUUUUGAACAGUUCUUCAACAACUCAUACAUCCUAUCUGUCCAUGCCCGUAAAUUAUAAAAUUUGUUUAUUGUUAUAUUGUCUGA